AAAAAAAUUUGGCAUCUCUUCCCCCCUCAAGUUUCUGGUGUCACUUAUGAAACACGGGUCCUUGUUGCUGCAGAGCAGUUGUUUUGCUGGAAGGAGGGAGUGCGCGGGCUGCCCCGGGCUCCUCCCUGCCGCCUCCUCUCAGUGGAUGGUCCCAGGCACCCUGUCUGGGGCAGGGAGGGCACAGGCCUGCACAUUGAAGGUGGGGUGGGACCAGGCUGCCCCUCGCCUCAGCAUCCAAGUCCUCCCUUGGGUACCCGUGGCCCUGCAGACUCUCAGGGCUAAGGUCCUCUGUUGCCUUUUGGUUCCACCUUAGAAGAGGCUCCGCUUGACUAAGAGUAGCUUGAAGGAGGCACCAUGCAGGAGCUGCAUCUGCUCUGGUGGGCGGUUCUCCUGGGCCUGGCACAGGCCUGCCCUGAACCCUGCGACUGUGGGGAAAAGUAUGGCUUCCAGAUCGCCGACUGUGCCUACCGCGACCUGGAGGCCGUGCCGCCUGGCUUCCCGGCCAAUGUGACUACACUGAGCCUGUCGGCCAACCGGCUGCCAGGCUUGCCAGAGGGUGCCUUCAGGGAGGUGCCCCUGCUGCAAUCGCUGUGGCUGGCACACAAUGAGAUCCGCACGGUGGCUGCCGGCGCCCUGGCCUCUCUAAGCCAUCUCAAGAGCCUGGACCUCAGCCACAAUCUCAUCUCUGACUUUGCCUGGAGCGACCUGCACAACCUCAGUGCCCUCCAAUUGCUCAAGAUGGACAGCAACGAGCUGACCUUCAUCCCCCGCGACGCCUUCCGCAGCCUCCGUGCUCUGCGCUCGCUGCAACUCAACCACAACCGCUUGCACACAUUGGCCGAGGGCACCUUCGCCCCGCUCACCGCGCUGUCCCACCUGCAGAUCAACGACAACCCCUUCGACUGCACCUGCGGCAUCGUGUGGCUCAAGACAUGGGCCCUGGCCACGGCAGUGUCCAUCCCGGAGCAGGACAACAUUGCCUGCAGCUCACCCCAUGUGCUCAAGGGCACACCGCUGAGCCGCCUGCCACCACUGCCAUGCUCAGCACCCUCAGUGCAGCUCAGCUACCAACCCAGCCAGGAUGGUGCCGAGCUGCGGCCUGGCUUCGUGCUGGCGCUGCACUGUGAUGUGGAUGGGCAGCCGGCCCCUCAGCUUCACUGGCACAUCCAGAUACCCAGCGGCAUUGUGGAGAUCACCAGCCCCAAUGUGGGCACUGACGGGCGUGCCCUGCCCGGCACCCCUGCGGCCAGCUCCCAGCCGCGCUUCCAGGCCUUUGCCAAUGGCAGCCUGCUUAUCCCUGACUUUGGCAAGCCGGAGGAAGGCACCUACAGCUGCCUGGCCACCAAUGAGCUGGGCAGUGCUGAGAGCUCAGUGGACGUGGCACUGGCCACACCCGGCGAGGGUGGUGAGGACACACUAGGGCGCAGGUUCCAUGGCAAAGCGGUUGAGGGAAAGGGCUGCUAUACGGUUGACAAUGAGGUGCAGCCAUCAGGGCCGGAGGACAAUGUGGUCAUCAUCUACCUCAGCCGUGCUGGGAACCCUGAGGCUGCAGUCGCAGAAGGUGUCCCUGGGCAGCUGCCCCCAGGCCUGCUCCUGCUGGGCCAAAGCCUCCUCCUCCUUCUCUUCCUCACCUCCUUCUAGCCC